AUGGGUUCCAGCCAACCAAGCACCCUGUUCUCUUCACUUACCCCUGUGCCAUACGAUGAGGCAUACAACGUCAAGGCAGAUUUUGACGCCGAUGUGCAUCCCAACAAGGUGAACCUAGGUAUCGGUGUUUACCGCGAUAAUGAUGGUAAAGCAUGGGCUCUCCCGUCUGUCGAACUAACACGAAGGCAAUCUGAGAUAAUUCUUCUACAAAAGGCAAUCCCCUCUCUACCAAACAACCAUGACUACAUACCCGCGGGCGGCUUACCGCAAUUUGUAAUGGCUGCACAAAAGUUGCUUUUUGGCUCAUUAUACUCGGAUAUAAGAUGCCGUCUCGCCAGCGUCCAGACCAUCUCUGGAUCAGGAGCAUGCCACUUAGGCACUUCAUUCUUAGCCAAAACUUUGAAGCCGCGCAGUGUCUGGAUCUCAGACCCCUCAUGGAUUAACCAUUCACUCAUCUGGGAGGUUACCGCGCCGGAUGUACAACUAAAAUUCUAUCCCUAUUUCGAUGCAGGAUCAAAAUCGAUUGAUUUUUCAGGAAUGAACUUGGCUCUUGAAUCACGCGCUGAGAAGGGAGACGUUGUCUUGUUGCAGGCCUGUGCCCACAACCCUACUGGCUGCGAUCCUACUCAUGAGCAAUGGAAGCAGUUAGCCGAUCUUUGCGAGAAGAAGGGAUUGAUUCCGUUUUUCGAUAUUGCUUACCAGGGAUUCGCGAGUGGAGUUCCGGAUGAAGAUGCCUGGUCAGUUCGUCAUUUCGCGGAGAGGAAAAGUAUGGACAUCGUCAUCGCUCAGUCCUUCUCCAAAAACUUUGGUCUGUACGGGCAACGCGUCGGAGCUCUUCAUAUACUAGCUAGCGAGGCAUCGGUCGUGUCAGCUAUAGUGUCCAACCUUGUCAGACUCAUUCGCUCAGAGUACUCGUCGCCUGCCUCUUGGGGCUGCCGGAUCGUUGCGAAGGUUCUUGAGGACCCAGACUUGAGGGAGAAGUGGCUACGAGACCUAAAGCAGAUGAAUCAUCGGAUCAAAUUCGUCCGGCAAGCUCUCUUUGAGGAAUUGCAGAAGCUCGGAACACCCAGGACGUGGGAGCAUUUAAUUCGACAUAUCGGAAUGUUCUCAUAUACCGGCCUUCGUCCUGAGGAGGUAAAGAGGCUUAAACACGAGUAUCACAUCCAUAUGUUCUCAAGUGGUCGUGCUUCAGUUGCAGGUCUAAACACUCACAACAUUAUCCGAGUAGCAAAAUCGAUCGAUAUUGUAGUGCGCGAUACAGAAAAUAACAUGUUAGGUCGAUAA